AUGUACAGCGAUCAAGGUGGGCAAUGGUCCCCUAGUCCCCCUCCUGGACCGAAGUGCGCCCUUGAAGAACCCCACGAUGCACAGGGAGUCGCCUUCAAAGUCCACCUCGGUUACCAUAAGACAAAAGCCGCCGGAGGAUCCCACCACAUGCUCUCAGAUGAUGGGGCGAUCCCAGACGACGCAGGUAUACCUGACAGCGAAAACAACUACAUAAAUUGGAAUAGCUGCAGCACCAGCACCAGCAGCAAUGGUCGGGGCCUCAUGCACUGGCAAGCAGCCCACGGCGACGGCUGGAGAGCCAGAGGAAAAAGUCUCAAAGCUCAAAGAAGCCGGAGCGUCAGCAGCCACAGCGAUUCGGUUCGGAACGACCCCACAGAGAGCCCCACCAGUCAAGUGAUGAGCUCCUCUGUGUCUCUGGACAGAGAAGAGAGCGAACUGAGAUGCAUGCGAAGCAGGCGCUCUCGGAGUCAUACACGAAGGUUCUUGCAUCGCCGAGAAGAGGCUGAGUGGCGCGAAGGGCGAAGAAGACUUAGGGAGCGCUCCUGGGACCCCACUGACAGAGGCACCGGAAGAGGAGAUCACAUGGAAAGGCGCUCUCCUACAACUCGCGGUCCUUGUCGACGUGGUAACAGGGGGGGUGGCAUGGGAGUGCGUGGCAGAGGACGCCAGCCUUUUCCCUCCUGGGGAAGGUUUGGAGGUCGAGGGAGAAGGAGCCCCUCGUAUUCACCUUCAGUCGAUUCAGAAGAAGAAUACAGACGAUCAAGGAGUCGUGAGAGAGCACGCAGAAGGAGACAGUAUGAAACAAUUCAGAGGUACUGCCGUCCUGGGGGAUCUCAGCAAGUGUGCUGGGAUGGAUUCCAGUGGGUCAAGAAAUCGAACGACGGAGAUGGUCUCUUUGAUCAGCACAUGAACGCAACGCGGAGGGCCAGAAGGCUGCACGUUGGCAACCUGCCCCUAUCGCUCGACGCAACGGAAGAGGAUCUGAAGAAGUUUCUCUGGGAUGCGUUGCGAAAGAGAACGGGCAAGCACGUCGGCGCCGGAGCCUGUCCUGUCCUUCACGUUUGGUUCUCAAAAGAAAGAGGAUCCAAUUACGGGUUUGUUGAAAUGGCAACUGUAGAGGAUGCACAGGCGGCGCUCUUGCUAAGUCCUCUUUUCUGGAAGGGGCAGCAACUGCGCAUCAAUCGGCCAACUGAAUGGAAGAAGGAUGCUGCGGAAGUCAACUUUGCGGAAGUGGCAGGGUAUGGCGGAGCAAGCCCCACAAGUUUUACAAAGCAAGGAUCUCUACCCGUCGAGCUGCUGCAGUGUCAAAUACAAACUGAGCUUUUGCAUGGGCAACCCUCGCGCGUUGUUCGCAUAACGAAUCCUGUGCCCGAAGCAGAGACAGCUGAGGAGCUGGAGGAAACGCUGUCGGAUAUUUUAGAGGAAGUCAACAAGCGGCAGGACGUUCUGGCUGCUCUGAUUAUCACGAAAGAGCUGGAAAAGCAGCUGCCAGCUGCUGAAGUGGGAGAUAUCUAUGUGCAGUUUGCCACGGGCAUUCAAGCGGACAAGUGCAUCCUCUCUUUUGCCGGUCGUAUGUAUGACGGGCAUCCUCUAGUCAUUGAGCGCUUCAAUGAGAUGGUUUGGAGGCAGACGAUGCAGCAACAUGCUAAGAGCUUCCUAACGGAAAUUCUCUCCCGGUUCAUGUAA